AUGAUCCAGGGCGCCUCUGAACCUGGUGGCCCCGGCUGGGGCUGGGACGGGGACGGGGACGAUGACUGGGACAGUGCUGUGCUCACCCUGUUGGCGCUGGCUGUCGUGGUGGCCACGGCCCUGGCCCUGCACUGGUUUGGCUCUGGGCAGGACCAGGAGGCAGCAGGACCAGCAUCCACCGGCCCCAGAGCCCAGCCUUCUCAGGCGGGAGGAGCUGGGCCAGCCCUGACCCCAAAGUCCAAGGUCAGUGGUGGCAUCGAGGGACACAGCUCCGGGCAGAGGAAGCCAGAGCCUCCAGGACCUAGCCAGGCGAGUCCAGCUACAGCCAGUGCCCGGGACCACCAGCCCUACGGGAGUGAAGAUCUGGCUGCCACGGCCGCAGCUCCACCCAAGACACCCAGCGAGGCGGCCAGUGGAGGGGCCUUGGGACAGCAGCAUGGCAAUGCCAGCCCUGGAGCCGCCCGAGGUGCCGGAAAGCAGCAGCCCAGGCCGGGUGCUGCCCUCCCGGGUAGGAGCAAAGCCGGGGGGACGCCUGCCCCGCUCCUGAUACACUUCACUCCUCCGAGUCCGGACAGAGACAUGGAGGUGCAGGCGGAGGCAGGAGGCCUCUCAGCCAAGGCACCAGCUCACCAGGCCCCGAUCCACACGGUGGAACAGGACACCGGCUCCUGGAAACACGGAGCGGGGCCACCUGGCUCACUGGGGAGGCGGUCAGGCAGCCGGCGGUGGCAGGUGGAUGACAGCUCAGGAGAGAGAACCCGGCGCCUCCCAAAGCUGGACCCCCUGCGCCUGGGUGCGGUGGUGAGUGUGUGGGACGCUGUGGAUGCAGCCAGCACCUUCUCUGCAGGUGCCCAGAGGCCCCGUUACCGCCAUGAGCUGCCCCCACCAGACUCUGUGCAGACUGGACGCCUGACAGAUGGCUCAGAGAGGGGGUGCGGGAAAAGCAGCCCCCAGCCAGACCAAGUUUUAGCUCUGGAUUCAGGGACCAAAGCUGCUUCCCUGACCGAAGCACAUCCCAACCGAGGUCUCUUACCUGCAGCCCCGACUCAUCUGAUCUCCUCUCCUUCACACUCUUUGCCCCUCAGAGUUGACCAGGGUCCUGCCAAGGAUGAAAAUCUCAGAGCAGUGCCAGCCCCAGCCCCAGCCCCAGCCCCAAUCCCAGCCCCAGCUGCAUCCCCUGCCGCAGCCCCAGCUGCAUCCCCUGCCCCAGCUGCAUCCCCUGCUGCAGCCACAGCUGCAUUCCCUGCCCCAGCCCCAGCUGCAUCCCCAGCCCCAGUCCCAGCUUCAUUCCCAGCCCCAGCCCCAGCCCCAGCUGCAGCCCCAGCUCCCAGCUCAAGGUUCAGUUUCAAGUACAUGCUGAGCUCCUCUCCCACCUCAGUCCCUGCCCCUGUUGCAACCCCUGCCCCAGCUACAACCCCUGCCCCAGUCCCAGCUGCAACCCCUGCCCCAACCCCAACCCCUGCCCCAACCCCAACCCCAACCCCUACCCCAGCCCCUGCCCCAGCCCCAGCCCCUGCCUCAGCCCCAACCCAAGCCCCAACCCGUACCCCUGCCCCAGCUGCAACCCCUGCUCCAGCCCCAACUCAAGCCCCAAUCCCUGCCCCAGCGCCAGCCCCAGUCCCCACAAGUAAGUCAAAGCCUGCAAGUCAGGAGCCUAGUGUGACUCUUCGCAAGGGCAACCAGGAGGGGCAGAUCUCAACCAGCUGGGGAAAUCUUAUUUCAAUGGUUCUUAGGAGUCACCCCUUCCCCAGGCUAGAGAGGCCCCAAGGGACAGCCCUAAGGGCAGCUCCAGAGAGCCCUAGAGAGCCCUGUACUUCCACAGCCUCAGAGAACAGGGAGUCUGGUUCUCUCCCUGAAGGGGCCAUCCCUGGUCUCAAGGACAGGCAUGGCUCCCCAGCUGGGGUGGCUACAGGGGCUGGCACAGGGGGCCUGGCUGAGGCAGGAUGUCAGCCGCAGCACAGAAGCUCUGAGGCUAACGAGGCUGCAGUGCCCAGGGCCCCAGCUCCGCUGUCGCUGUCGGAGCAGAGGAAGCCUGGCCCUGCACCCAUUCCCUCUGCCAGGCGGGAUCCACAGCCUGUCCCCAGGCCACGGAAACACAGCAUGUGUGAACUAGCCAAGAGCUCUGAGCUGAAGGCCAGCCAGGCGGCCCCAGGAGAGGCGCCAGGGAAGAGGCCCAGCCCUGUAGGCAGCAGGGAGGUCCUCACAGAGGAGCAGAAAGAGGCCCGCAAACUCAUGGUGUUUCUGCAGAGGCCUGGGACCUGGGGGGUGGUGGAGGGGCCCCGGAAGCCCAGCUCCCCUGCCCGGGAGCCGGCUUCGGCAGCAGCUCUGCAGCGGCGGCUGGACCUGGGCAGCUGCCUGGAUGUCCUGGCCUUUGCCCAGCAGCAUGGGCAGCCCGUCCUGGCCCAGGAGACCUAUGCUUUGAUGAGCGACAAUCUGCUGCAUGUGCUGGGCGACCCGAACCUCUACCGGCAGCUGAGUGGGGCCGACCGGGAGCGCAUCCUGAGCCUUCGAACUGGCAGGGGUCAGGCGGUGCUGGGGGUCCUCGUGCUGCCCAGCCUCUACCAGGUGAGCCGUCCAGGGCUCACAAGGGGCCCUCGAGUGGAGGAGGCUCCUGCCACAGGUCCUGCGCCCCUGCCUCCUCCAUCGCACCUGCACGUGUUCAACCCCCAAGAGAACACCUGGCGGCUCCUGACCCAGGUGCCGGAAGAGGCCCCGCUGCGGGGCUGUGGCCUCUGCACCAUGCACAACUACUUGUUCCUGGCAGGGGGCAUCCGCGGCUCAGGCUCCAAGGCCAUCUGUUCCAAUGAGGUCUUCUGCUACAACCCUCUGACCAACAUCUGGAGCCAGGUGCGGCCCAUGCAGCAGGCCCGUGCCCAGCUCAAACUGGUGGCCCUGGACGGGCUGCUCUACGCCAUCGGUGGCGAGUGCUUGUACAGCAUGGAGCGCUACGACCCCCGCACAGACACCUGGACCUCACGGGCGCCCCUCCCCGCAGGCACCUUCCCUGUGGCUCACGAGGCUGUGGCCUGCCGUGGGGACAUCUACGUCACUGGGGGCCACCUCUUCUACCGCCUGCUCAGGUACAGCCCGGUGAAGGAUGCGUGGGAGGAGUGCCCCUACAGCGCCAGCCACCGGCGCUCCAGCGACAUGGUGGCACUGGGGGGCUUCCUGUAUCGCUUUGACCUGCUGCGGGGGGUGGGUGCCGCCGUGAUGCGCUACAACACCGUGACAGGCUCCUGGAGCAGGGCCGCCCCCUUGCCCCUGCCGGACCCUGUCCCGCUGCGCUGCACCGUGCUGGGCAACACCAUCUACUGCCUCAACCACCAGGUCACUGCCACCUUCACGGUCUCCGAGGGGACUGCCCAGUUCCAGGCCAAGGAGCUGCAGCCUUUCCCCCUGGGGAGUAAAGGGGUCCUCUGCCCAUUCAUCCUGACUCUGCCCCCCUCCGACCCGCUACAGACUUCCCUUUGA